AUGGAGGACGAUUUGCAAAGGGAGAUUGACAAAUUUAAUAAUAGUGACGAUGAAUGGAUUUGGGAGAUAGAUGAUGAUGCAAUUUUUUAUUCGGAUAAAAGUUUUUUGCGUUUAAUUGAUGAUGAUGAUGAUGAUGAUGAUGAUUGGAUUUGGGAGAUAGAUGAUAUACAAGUUGGUUCGGGUGGACGAAAACGAGAUUUUGAUGAGAUGAAUAAUGAUGAACAAAUUGGAGGACAAGAUAAUGUAAACGAGGGGGCUAGUACAAGUACGAAUACGGGACAGAACAAAACGAACAAUGUUUCUAAUUAUGUAAUAGAGAAGAUUAAUGAGAUUAAAUCAAAGAAGUUUAAAACUAAAGGUAUUGAUUACAGAGUUCGUUUUAGUAAUGAGAAUGAAGAACUCAAUAUUAUUCAGGAGUAUGAACGCACACAGGAAAUCUUUGAACAAUUAAUUAACGACAUUACUAAUGGAAUGAAAGAGAACGAUCAAGUACAUUUUGUUUUACGUACACCUCAAUUAAGUAAACCUAUAUCAUUACCAUUUAUGCAAGUUUCUCGUUUUACUCCUGAGAGGAUUUUUUCUCAGGUUGAACGUGUGGUACAAUCCAAUCAACAUUUCAAUUUAAAUGAUACGGUAAUUGCAGAUAUUGUUCAUGUUGAGAUGCCAUCGGGGUCAGGAAAUUUUAAACGAAACCAUAUUAAACUUUAUAAACAUCUAGAAGCAAAAAAGUCGGUGGUUGUUAUAAAGAAUAAUGAUAAUUUAUGUCUUGCUACAACAUAUAACAUGUAUCGGUCAUGGGUCAUCGGUAUGUGUUGA